AUGUUGUCCAUCUUGUCGAUUCGCAAGAAAUCCUAUCACCUCACCUGGCUAUCCUGCGACGUUCGUCUGCAUCAGAAAACCACUACUAUCACCAACUGCUAUUUUCCAACAUCAGCAGCUGAUGGCUUGGAACUUGAUGCAUUUCAUGAGGAUUUGGAGGAAGUCAUCCGCAAAGAGAAGGACAUGUCAGAAGAAGAGGAGCAUAGGAUCGAGAGAUUUGGAUCAUGA